CGGGCAUGAGCCUGCCCCGCGGCUCCGCCGAGCCUGCGCCCCCGGCCCGGGCCGCUGCGCCCAGCAGGCGCCGGGCGAAGGAGCUGCUAGAACAAUGUUGAGGCAGGCAAGGUGAGGAGCAGCCCGGCCAGCGCGGUGGCCCCAACGGAGUGUCUCGAACAGGUGAUCGGAGGAGCGGAAACCGAGGCCACCUGGGCAUCCCUCAGAGGCCACCUGGGCAUCCCUCACCUCGCCUCAGCCAGCCCGGCGCGCCCCAGAGACGGCGGAGAACCAUGGCGACCAAUUUCAACGACAUCGUCAAGCAAGGCUACGUGAAGAUGAAGAGCAGGAAGCUCGGGAUCUACAGGCGGUGCUGGCUGGUGUUCCGGAAAUCCUCCAGCAAGGGGCCCCAGCGGCUAGAGAAGUAUCCGGAUGAGAAGUCAGUGUGCCUCCGAGGCUGCCCCAAGGUGACCGAAAUCAGCAACGUCAAGUGUGUCACACGGCUCCCCAAGGAGACCAAGCGGCAGGCAGUGGCCAUUAUCUUCACCGACGACUCAGCACGCACCUUCACCUGUGACUCCGAGCUGGAGGCGGAGGAGUGGUACAAGACACUAUCUGUGGAGUGUCUGGGGUCUCGGCUUAAUGAUAUCAGUCUCGGGGAGCCAGACCUCCUGGCCCCAGGGGUGCAGUGUGAACAGACAGAUCGCUUCAACGUCUUCCUGCUGCCCUGCCCCAACCUGGAUGUGUACGGCGAGUGCAAGCUGCAGAUCACCCACGAAAACAUCUACCUCUGGGACAUACACAACCCCCGCGUGAAGCUCGUCUCGUGGCCCCUCUGCUCGCUGCGCCGCUACGGCCGGGAUGCCACACGCUUCACCUUUGAGGCCGGCCGGAUGUGUGACGCUGGGGAAGGGCUCUACACCUUCCAGACGCAGGAAGGGGAACAGAUCUACCAGCGGGUCCACAGCGCCACCCUGGCCAUAGCUGAGCAGCACAAGCGGGUUCUGCUUGAAAUGGAGAAGAAUGUGAGGCUGCUGAACAAGGGCACAGAGCAUUACUCGUAUCCCUGCACGCCCACUACCAUGCUGCCCCGCAGCGCCUACUGGCACCACAUCACAGGUUCCCAGAACAUCGCCGAAGCCUCCAGCUAUGCAGGUGAGGAGUAUGGGGCAGCCCAGGCCAGCUCAGAAACGGACCUCCUCAACAGAUUUAUCCUGCUAAAGCCAAAGCCCAGCCAGGAGGACAGCUGUGAGGCCAAGACUCCAUCCCAGUGACGGGAGGCCGGCGUGCAUCGAUGACUGCUGGGGCUGCCUGUUGCAGGGCUGGCUGCAGUGACUAUGGAUAAACCUCCACCGGCAGCUGGCCGAGAGCCCAGAGAAAGCGAGCAGCUGUCCCUUCCUUGCCCCCAAGGGUAAGGCUGGACCAAGGCACAGGGCUGGCCACACCGCCUGAGCAUGUGUGAGGGGCUAGAGCUACCAUGGGACUAUAUACUGUUAAUGAUUUUAAUAUAUAUGGCUUAUGAUAUAUUCUAUAUUAAUGAGACUUCCCCCUCUCCCUCCCCGCCACCACAUACAUAUUUCAUGAUCCCGUGACAAGGCCGUGGUCAAGGCUGGUUUUGAGCCUGAGGGCAGCUGUCCUGUCCUCCAUGGCGUAGCCCUCCUGCUGCCAGGGCCAGAGGGGGACAAUCAGAACAUGAGGCUGGGACUCUGACCACGGGCUUUUCCCAAGCAGCCCAGGGGCCAAGACAGCAGGUGGCUUCUCUGUUCCUCUGAGCCCAGAAAGGUACCAGAAAGCCCCAAACUUCCACUGUGCCACUUGGCAGCCUUGCACUUGGAGUUUUAAGCUGAGGUGAAAAUCUGGUUUUAAAAUGUACUUUCUGCACAGACUCCUUCCUGCCUAAUGGGCUCAGGUGCCCUGGGGCUAGGGGUGCUGGUUACCUCAGCCAGGUGGAGGACGGCCAGUUUUGAGCUCUCAUCUACCCCAGGGCCAGGCCAGGAAAGAAGGCCGUGGCAGGACUGCUGUGGGGAGAGCCCUUGUUGCCCUUCUCAUUCAAUUGGGGUGUGCAGUGCCCCAGUAGAGGGGUCCCUCUGCCCUGCUUGGCAACCCCACGGCCAGCCAAAAGCACUCAGAAACUUCCCCUUCCCCUCCUCCCCACACGGUGCUGAGGCUCCCUGCUGAAAUGCAAUUAAAGCAAUUGAUUUUCUAGUGCUGGUAUUUAUUGACUACCGUGCAGAAGGGCUAUCUUUUUAUUCACAUCAAACCUUUGGUUGUGUGUUUUUUUUUUUAUUAUUAUUUUUUAAAUUAAAUACCUUAGGGUUCUGAUUUGUGGGGACAGACCUUCUUGUAAAUAACCACUAUUCCUAGUUGUGGCAGGAGGAUGAUCAAAGAGGCCCCCUCUCAAUGGAGCCCUGGAGCCAGGGAGGUGGCUGCAGCCAACUCAGCUCUGAACCUGACCCAGGGAAUGACCACCCAGAGGAAUACACUAGCGUGAAGAGGGGAGCCCGGGUCCCAAGGCCCUGGGGAGGGAGGCAGAGCUGGCUGGCUCAGCUAGUGGCACGAUGACGCAUGAAGGAGAUUAUGUUGUGCUCUUUAUUGCCAAAAAUAAAAACUUUUAAAAAGACAACUACUGUUAAUAAAUAUCCCUUCCUUUCUGCACUGCAUCUGUGGCAGCCUAAUUAACUGCUCUGGGUAUGUUCCUACCUGGAGACAGGGCUAAGCGGUCAGGGCCAAACACCGUCAUAAAGGAGGAAUGAAUGGGGGUGGGAGAGCCUCAUUCCCCCUUCCCCCAACUAAAUGACCAGGC